AUGAUUCUUGAGGACGCACGGACACCCCAACGACCGGGGAACACGAGGCUUGGAAGAGGCCGAGGCAGGGGAGGAGGAGCCGCGCGGCGACAGAGGAGGGAUGGCACUGCGCGACGACGCAAUCGGCGCGCCGACCAGUUCUGCGUGCACCUCGUGGCAGAUGAACGGCAAAUACCCAUGUAUGCAGUGGAGUUCAAAGCGCCGCACAAAGUGACCAUUCCCGAACUGGUGGCGGGUCUGCACCCCAUGGACUUGGCUCGCGAUGUCAUAGACCAGGAAGGCGAGACAUUUGGAUUCUAUGCCACCCGCCUUGUCGCGGCCGUGGUCACUCAGAUAUUCUCAUCCAUGAUCGACAGUGGCGUUCGAUACGCUACCUCCGCACAGGGGAGGCUUUCGUUUUCCUCCAUACCCCACAGGAUGAUCCCACCAUUAUUCAAUAUUUCUUGUGUAUUCCGAAUCAAGGUGCACAGGUGGAUGUGUAGGCGGACGAUGAAGUGCGCCUCCACCGGACUGCCAUCGGUCAGGUGCUUGCAUUCACCCUUCAAGCGCUGGCCGUUGAACCUCCGACUCAACAUUGGCACGAUGUGGCAGACGACCAGCUAA